AUAACUCCAGCGUCUUGCUCCAAUUUUGCUGCUUUCCUGCUAAAAGCAGGAAUUUCUGAGGUGACGAAACAGCGCCAUGUUCUCUCCCGAGAUGAUGAAGCAAGCGCAAAACAUGAUGGCCAACAUGUCACCCGAGGACAUGCAAAAGAUGACUCAGAUGGCGGCCAACAUGGACCCAUCCGUCAUGGAGUCGAUGAUGAAGAAUAUGGGUGGAGCAGCAGCCGGCGGCAUCGAUUCCGGUCAGAUGAAGGAACAGAUGAAGAGAAUAGGUGAGAUGAGCCCUGAAGAGCUCAAGUCGAACAUGAACCAAGCCCAGCAGCAGUAUGGCGGGCAGAAGCAGUACAUGUACAACGCCUCGAUGACUCUGAAGAACCAGGGCAAUGAUCAUAUCAAGGCCCAGAAAUAUGCCGAUGCCUUGAAAGCGUACAGCAAGGCACUGGAAAAUCUGAAGCCCUUUGGAGGCGACGAUGUCUCCCAACUUCGCUUGUCUCUACUUCUGAACUCCGCAAUGUGCCAUCUGAAGCAGAAAGAGCCGGAGAAAACUCUUCAGGUUUGCGAGGAAGCCCUACAAAUCAAUAGCAAGAGCGUGAAGGCCUUGUUCCGCCGGGGCCUUGCGCGAGUGGAUUUGGGGCAGCUUGCCGAAGGCGUCGGUGACAUGAAGUUCGCCUCCAAGUUGUCUCCCGAGGACAAAACCAUCACCAGUGAAUUGGAGCGGGUGGAGAAGGAGAUCUUGGACAAAGGUGUCUCUGCGGCUGACAUCGCCGCCGCCACUGAAAAGGCUGAGGCGGCAUCGAACACAGCAGCAGCAGCAGGUGCGAGCUCAAGCUCAGCUACCUGGCCCCCCAGUGGAAACAUGGAGAAGGCCAUGGAGCAGCUGAGUAGCAAUCCGGAGAUGUUGAACCAGGCCACCGAGGCUAUGAAGAACUUGUCCCCCGAGGACCUCGAGCGGAUGAUGCAGUCAGCACCGCUCCCUCCGGGGGUGGAUGCCGAAACGGCCCGGAAGAGGAUGGAGGCGGUGUCAAAGAAUCCCGAGAUGUUGAAAUCUGCCAUGGAAACCUUCAAGAACAUUCCAGAUGAGGACCGAAAAAAAAUGAUGGCUGCAGCUCAGGGGCAGGGGUCCGGUGGCAUGCCAGACAUGAGCAAGAUGAGUGAUGUGCUGAAAGACCCCGAGAUGAUGAAGACAGCCAUGGCUGCGGCGGGCUCCGGGCCCGAGGCCGAGAUGAUGAAAAAGAUGACGGAGAAUCCCGAAAUGAUGGAUGCCAUGACGAACAUGAUGAAGAACAUGCCGCCGGAUCAGAUGCAGAAAAUGAUGGAGAUGAGUAUGAAGAUGAAAUCAGGUGGCGCUGAUCCCAAGGAUCCCUCGCAGAUGUUGAACGACCCUGAGAUGAUGGAGGCCGCGGAGGAAAUGAUGAAGAGUAUUUCCCCUGAAGCGCUUCAAAGCAUGGCCAAAUCCGCAGGAAUCGAGGUCAGUGAGUCUCAUGCCAAGAUGAUGUCCAAAGUGAUGCCUUAUUUGAUGAAAUGUUUGAAGCUCUGGGGCUUCAUCAAGCGGAUCUUUGCUGCCAUGUUCAGUGCCAGGGGUCGAAUCAUUCUGGCCGUGGUGAUUCUGUUCGUGGCCGUUAGCCAGCACUACCUUUUUUCAUCCGGUGAGAAAUAAGCUCCCCACCAAAAACACCCAGCGUGCAGCUGAACAAAAAGUGGAAAAA